CGAUUUCAAUUGAUCUUAUCGACAUAUCUAUAUGACUAUGUAUAAUAUAAAAUACUUAUUAAAUUACUUUGUUAAAAUAAAAGAAAAAAUGCGGUAGGCUGGGAAUAGUCGUCGACUCCUCGUUUUGUAGAUUUCAAACACAUUACUACUAUAUCCAAAUGCAUAGCUGGUUGGUUGUAGAUUCCAAAUCUGUAAUCCUGUAGCGUUGUUACAAAAUUAAAAAUGGCCUUAUCCCCCCCCUCCACAAAAUCUCAAGUUUCUUUCUGCAAAGUGCGCUUCCCAUAUAUAAUCCAAACAUCCCAAAAUCAACCACUUCACAAAGUUGAGUUCACGUUCAACAUUUCUCCUCUUUCAAAAUGGUUGACACUGCUGUUGACUCCGCCAAAACUGCCGGAAAACCCAUAAAAUGCCGAGCGGCGGUGGCGAGGGCAGCUGGGGCGCCACUCGUGAUAGAGGAGGUGAUUGUGGAUCCUCCUAAAUCGGGAGAAGUUCGCAUCAAAAUCAUCUGCGCCUCUCUCUGUCACACCGAUGUUACUUUCUUGAACUUGAAUGUGCCCCCGGCAUGUUUUCCGAGAAUUCUGGGACAUGAAGCAGUUGGUGUGGUGGAGAGCGUGGGCGAUGGCGUUACUGAGGUUGCUGAAGGCGAUAUGGUUAUCCCGAAUUUUAUGUCAGAUUGUGCCGAAUGUAGAGAUUGCAAAUCCAAGAAGAGCAAUCUGUGUACCAAAUUCCCUUUCAGAAUUGAUCCUUGGAUGCACGAUGGUUCGAGCAGAUUUAGAGAUCUCAAUGGAGAGACUCUAUACCAUUUCAUGUUUGUGUCUACUUUUGCAGAGUACACAGUUGUUCAUCUUGCUAAUGUAGUAAAAGUUGAUCCAACGGUCCCUCCGAACAGGGCUUGCCUCCUUGCUUGUGGAGCUUCGACAGGCAUAGGAGCUGCCUGGAGGUCUGCAAGUGUCGAACAAGGAUCUACAGUUGCCAUCUUCGGUCUGGGGUCAAUUGGAUUGGCAGUUGCAGAAGGGGCGAGGUUGUGUGGUGCUGCCAGAAUAAUUGGCAUUGAUGUGAACCCUGAAAAGAUUGAAAUAAGUAAAAAAUUUGGAAUAACCGAUUUCAUUGACUCAACAAGCUGCAACGAAAAAUCUGUAAGCCAGAUCAUAAAUGAGAUGACCGAUGGAGGAGCAGAUUACUGCUUCGAAUGUGUUGGAAAGGCAUCCCUAGUUGAGGAAGCAUUUGACUGCUGUCGAAAGGGGUGGGGUAAGACAAUCGUGCUCGGGGUGGAUAGACCUGGUACGCUACUGCAAUUCAAAUCUACGGAAGUCCUUGUCAGUGGAAAAACUAUAUUGGGAUCCCUGUUUGGAGGUCUCAAACCAAAGUUGGACAUACCGAUCCUUGUUAAGAAAUACAUGGACAAGGAACUGGAACUGGAUAAGUUUGUGACGCAUGAGGUGGGUUUUGAAGAGAUCAACAAAGCUUUCGAUUUGCUCCAUCAAGGAAAGAGCCUCAGAUGUGUGAUUUGGAUGGAUAAGUGAAUUCAUUUAUCGUUUCAACAGAUCAACAAAGAGCGACGAUCACUAUUUUAAUUUUAACUAUUUAUAAAUAAGGUGCAUGUCCUCUAUUGUAGAAUUCGCUCAAUUUUCAUUUCUCAAUCAUUCACAUUUUAUUAUCUCAGAA